AUAAGCCAACGCCCGGGAACGGAGAAUGAUGUCAGCGUAGAAAACUGUUAAGCAGUGUAUAAUACUUGUUUGUUAUUACCUUAAUUACCUGACAAAACGAUAAACAAUGCCACAAAAUUUCCCAAUUUUUCGCUGGACAUGUUUCCUGUUAAUCUGUAUGAAUAUAGGAUGCGAGGCAAUCCGUUGUUACCAAUGCAGCUCCAAUUCAGAUCCGAAAGGCGAGGAUAUUUGUGGAGCAUAUACAAAGUUUGAUAAGGAGAGGAAUAUACCAAAUGAAUGUAAUAGUGGAGACUCAAAUGCACCCGGUUCGUUUUGUGUCAAGCUGACCGAGCAGAGUCCUCGUGGUUUCAUUUGGGAUGGAAGGUGGCGUCAAGUUAUUCGUCGUUGUGCCUCGGUUGCAAGUACAGGAGUCACUAAUGUCUGCAAUUGGGGUGUUUACGAGAAUGGAGUUUACUGGGAAGAGUGUUACUGUUCCGAAGAUUCCUGCAAUGGAGUUUCUCAAUUACAAUCUUCGAUGGUACUGUGCUUGCCAGUCUUAAUUAUAUUUUUGACAUUGGUCUUCAAGUAAGGAACUUGAGGUACAGGCACUUUUUAAUUCCACGAAAAAAUCUAAUUUUGUAUUUUGACAAGAGAGACAUAAAAAUGUUCAAUUAAACGAUAGAUUAAAUAGCAGAUCAGAUGUACAGGAAGAAAUGAUCUGAAAGGAAGCACAUCGGAGAAGAUGGGUUUCUCGAAUGCUGUGCUAUCUGUAAAGUUGUGCAGUACUGAACGUUUAUUAUGUAUAUGUUGUAUACAUAGUAAUAUUUUGAAUUCCAUUUCAAAAUUGUAACAAAGCAAUGUACAAAGCAUUCCGUCCACGUUAGGUGAUAUUGACUAUUAUGUUUUAGACUUCUUGUUCAAAUUAUAUAUUUAAGGCAGUAUACAUUUAACUACAAAUACAUUCGAUUUUAUACAUUAUAUAUAACUAGUGAAGAUAAGUGAAGAGUUUAUAUUAAGAAUUUCAGUUAUUAAACUUGUGUUCAAGCAUAUUGCUUCUCUAUCAACAUAUCAAGAAAAUGAAUUUUGUAAAGAAAUAAAUUACCACAUUUAUUAAGCUAAA